CAUGAUGGUCUCACGCACCCUGGAUGUACAAAGAAAGAUUGCCUUACUGGAGCUUAGGAGAUGAUUUCAUACUGUUGAAGGUCUGAGGAAGGACUACAUCUGUCUGCCUGGGGCUCCUCUGGAUGGUUCUUCUUGAAGGCUUGCUUGUGUUUUUCCUCUGGUGCACCAGCAAUUCACAGCUAAUGACAACCACAUUGAGGAGGGGGAAGGCUCCUCCACAGUUUUGGAACGUGGAUUUCUGGAAUUGAUAGCUGGAAUCGGGGUCUCUCUCAGGAUUUGGGAAUUGUUAUCCAAGUGCACCGAAAUCAUUGUUCAAAUUGUAUGAUCUCAUAAGAAUUAUAUUGCGGGAAACACUGAAAUAACAAGGAAUACUUAUUAAUAUUCGGGAUUCUUGGGUAUACAUUGAAAAAUAUAACGGAAGAGAGCUUGAGGAAUAAUGGCGCUUGCCCCAAGGAAAUCCCUAAUUUUGGGAUGCUUUCUGUUUAUUGCUCCACUUUUUACUUAUGGUACGAACCCCUUGCCGAUGAUCUUCCCAGAGAAUGAUGAGAUGGUAGUACAGUUACACCAUUCCAUUUCAAUAAGCUGCAGUGGUGAGAGUGAGCUAAGUUGGAAGUAUCCCACUGAAGAUAACGGUGAUGACAAUGUAGACAUCCGGCAUGAAGAAAACAAUAGCGGACUCUUUAUGUCAGUGCUAGAAGUGAAGAACGCGUCUGCCAUUCACACAGGAUCCUAUACCUGCUAUUACAAUCACACCCAGACAGAUGAAUUGGAAGUUGAAGGCAUGGAAAUGUACAUUUAUGUUCCAGAUCCCACAGUUCCUUUUGUUCCAUGUGCAAUGUUUGACCACAUUAUUGUAGUGGAAGAAGAUGACUCUGCUAUCGUUCCUUGUCGGACAACUGAUCCCAACAGCCAAGUGACCUUGAGGAACAAAGAGAUGGACAAGAUUGUCAAUGCCUUCUACGACAGCAAGCAAGGUUUUGUUGGCAAUUUCCUAUCAAGUGUCUACAUUUGUGAAACCAUGGUAAAUGGUGUGCUCUUCAUAACAGAUGAUUUCAACCUACAGACAUGGAAAGCAAGUAAUAAUAUUGCAGUGGAAAUGCAAGCUCCAAAAACUGUUUACACUACAGGUGAAACCAUCACCAUUUCCUGCAUUGUUCUAGACAAUGAGUUGGUUGAUCUGCAAUGGAAUUACCCCGGAAAGCAGAGAAAAUCUGGCAUUAAAAAAGUUGAAGAAAGCAAGAAGCCUCAAUUGAGACUGGAAUAUACACUGACCAUCCCAAAUGUUACAGAAAAGGAUUCUGGGGAAUAUGAAUGUGCAGUCAUUUUUGCCAUAGGAGACGGCAAAGAAGCACAAACAGUUAACGUGACAGUUCACGAUAAAGGAUUUGUAACACUGAUCCCCAAGUUUGGACAGCUAGAAUUUGCAAAUCUCCAUGAAGUAAAAUCUUUUUCUGUGGAGGUAGAGGCUUACCCAUCACCAAAGAUCUUCUGGUUAAAGGACUAUGUCACCCUGAAUGACAGCAUGACUGAGAUCACUACGACCACAAUCAGGAAUGAGGAAGCUAAAUAUUUAAGUAGAUUGAAUCUUAUCCGUGUCAAAGAAGAGGAUGGCGGCAUGUAUACACUUGUAGUUCAGAAUGAUGCAGAAAAUAAAACAUCUUCAUUUGAGCUGAAAAUUAAAGUUCCUGCUUUGAUAUUACAACUGGUGGAUGAUCAUCAUGGCUCAUCUGGUCAGCAAACUGUGGAGUGUCUGGCUAAAGGAAUGCCCAUUCCUGAUGUUGAAUGGUUGGUGUGCAAGGAUAUAAAAAGGUGUAAUAAUGACAGCUCCUGGUCUGUUUUGGUAACCAAUGGUACAGAAAUCAUGAUGGAGACUCAUCAAAACAAUGAGAACACAGUGGAGAGCCAAGUGACUUUCAAGAAGGUUGAUGAGACUGUAGCAAUUCGGUGCAUAGCAAAGAAUGAUCUUGGGGUUGUUGCAAGGGAGCUGAAAUUGGUUGCUGCUACUCUACGCUCAGAACUAACAGUGGCAGCUGCGGUACUCGUUCUUCUUGUGAUUGUCAUCAUAUCACUCAUAGUCCUAGUCAUCAUAUGGAAGCAGAAACCUAGAUAUGAAAUUAGAUGGCGUGUCAUUGAGUCUAUCAGCCCAGAUGGCCAUGAGUAUAUAUACGUAGAUCCAAUGCAAUUGCCCUAUGACUCAAGAUGGGAAUUUCCAAGAGAUGGCCUUGUUCUUGGUCGAAUACUUGGAUCUGGUGCCUUUGGAAAGGUAGUAGAAGGUGCCGCAUAUGGACUUAGCCGGUCACAGCCUGUGAUGAAAGUAGCUGUGAAAAUGCUUAAACCCACUGCCAGAUCCAGUGAGAAACAAGCUCUAAUGUCUGAACUGAAAAUCAUGACUCACCUUGGACCUCAUCUGAAUAUAGUCAACUUGUUAGCAGCAUGCACCAAGUCAGGACCUAUUUACAUCAUUACUGAAUACUGUUUUUAUGGGGACCUGGUGAAUUAUCUGCACAAGAAUCGGGACAACUUUCAGAGUCGACAGUCAGAAAAGCUGAAGAAAGAUCUUGACAUUUUUGGACUGAACCCGGUUGAUGAGAGCACCAGAAGGUAUGAAAACUAUGUAAUUUUAUCCUUUGAAAAUAAUGGUGAUUAUAUGGACAUGAAGCAGGUUGACAAUACCCAGUAUGUUCCAAUGCAUGAGAUGAACGAGGUGUCUAAGUAUUCUGACAUUCAGAGGUCCUGGUAUGAUCGUCCUGCAUCUUACAAAAAGAAGCCCAUGUCAGAGGUCAAAAACCUAUUCUCAGAUGAAGGCUUUGAGGGUUUGACGAUGCUGGAUUUGCUGAGCAUCACCUACCAAGUUGCUCGAGGCAUGGAGUUCCUAGCUUCGAAGAAUUGCGUACAUCGUGACUUGGCAGCUCGAAAUGUUCUGCUGGCACAGGGGAAAAUAGUCAAGAUCUGUGACUUUGGUCUGGCCAGAGACAUCAUGCAUGACUCUAAUUAUGUUUCAAAGGGCAGCACUUUUCUCCCAGUAAAAUGGAUGGCACCAGAAAGCAUCUUUGACAACCUCUAUACAACCCUGAGUGACGUGUGGUCAUUUGGCAUUCUUCUUUGGGAAAUAUUUUCUCUUGGUGGAACACCAUACCCAGGGAUGGUAGUGGAUUCUUCAUUUUAUAACAAAAUCAAAAGUGGCUACAGAAUGGCAAAACCAGAGUAUGCCACCCAUGAAGUAUAUGACAUCAUGGGGAAGUGCUGGAACAGCGAGCCAGAGAAGAGACCUUCCUUCUACCAUCUGAGCGAAAUAGUGGAAAGCCUUCUACCUGCAGAGUAUAAAACGUGCUAUGAGAAGAUUCUUCAUGACUUCCUGAAAAGUGACCAUCCAGCUGUAACUCGUAUGGGUUGCGAAAAUGACAACUCUUACAUUGGGGUGACUUACAAGAAUGAGAAUAAAAUGAAGGACAGAGAUAAUGUAUUUGAUGAACAAAGACUCAGUGCUGAUAGUGGUUACAUCAUCCCUCUUCCAGAUAUUGACCCGGUUUCAGAUGAUGAGUCAGGCAAGAGAAACAGACACAGUUCUCAAACAUCUGAAGAAAGUGCAAUUGAGACUGGAUCCAGCAGCUCGACAAUUGUCAAGAGAGAGGAUGAGACCAUUGAAGACAUUGAAAUGAUGGAUGACAUUGGAAUAGAUUCUUCAGAUCUAGUUGAGGACAGUUUUCUCUAGAACACAUAUCUCAACAUCCUUUCCUCUAAUCAUUCCAAGGAAAUAACAAAAGCAAGAGAAAUGACAUCCAGGGAUUUCUAUUUUUUUACUCAGAAGACCACUUUAUUGCAAUGGACAAUAUGACAAGGAACUAUUAGCCUUGCCAACCACAUGGUACUUUCUCAGAACUUUAUGUGCACCUAGAACACAAGUAGGAACUGGAAUCAAUGGUCAGCUUCCUGAGCUCUUCCAAGUACAUUUUUUAUUUCUAUCAUGCGGUACAUCGUAGCAUCUCAGCAUAUCCUUCCUAUAUUUUUUUAUGUUUUUCGACAGACCUUUAAACUGUAGCUAUGUGUUCCAAGGGCAUUCCAGCCUAUAUGAAGCAGGCACCAACCAGCAGCUGAAUGUCAUCAGUGUAAUUAUGUAAAUAAUGAAGAAAUAAACUUAUUAUAUAAACUAAUGCGAACAGACCACUCAAGACUUUGCAUGCUGUUCCUUUUUUUAAUUGGCUGCUGUUAAACAACUGAAAAACACUUUUUAAACCACUUUCAAGGACUGAAGAAGACUCAUAAAGUAUACGUUUCUUUAACAAACUUUAACAUAAGUUGGGGUAAACACUGUGGGGCUCCGGGCCUCAGUAACCAUCGAUGCUUUCAUAACUAUUGUUCUCUGCAAGUAACGCAAAUAUUUGCAUUAAUACUAGAAGUAUUUUUGGUAACCCAUUGUAAUAAAUUGAAAGUAAUAUUUUUUUAACAAGGGACUUUAAAGAUUACAAAAGCUAACAUAAAGUCAUGUAGUUUUGUGUCUGUGGAUUAAUACAGAUUUUGAAAUAGUGCUUAUAGCAGAAUUCUGCUAACAUGUGGUAGAAGUGACUUUAGGUUUGGCAGAAAAAUGUUGACCACUAGAGUUUACGUUGAUGAAGCAUACAGAAUAGAGCUAGCUCUAGUUUAGAAUUUUCUACAAUGUUACAAAGUAAAAUAAACUAAUACUAAGUAUUUCUAACUGUAUUAUGAUACACUAAAACAUUAAUCAGAUUGUAUAGGUUUAGAUUUACAUGUGUCAAUGGUACGGGUGGUGUCCCUUCAAUGAGCUGACCAAGAAAUAAUUUGGCAAAAAUAUAUUAGUGACAGUGAUGUCACGGCUAAUGUUAUUGAAACAAGUACAAAAGGGGGCACAGAGUGAAAAUAACCUUAACUGACUCCACUGAGUGGGGUUCUACUGAAAGAGGAAGCUUAUGCACUUCGUUGAUGUGUAGUGGAUAUCAGAAGCAUAGAAACUGAUGAAGAGGGCAUUUGUGUAGAACAUAUGGCAUGAUAUCACAAUAGUAGACUUCAGGUCAUUUCAUAAGCUUGGGCUAAGACUCCAUCAAUAAACAACUGUGAACAUUUCUGUUUCUUUAGGUUCUAAAACAUGUUCUAAAAUGCCAGAUUAUGAGAAACAUUAAACAUUAUGUGAUAUUAUUUACAUGAUACAAUUUUAAACAAUUUCAUGAAUUAUGAACUAUGGGUAAUUAACAGUAUAUGGUACUGGGCUUUCAAAAAAUAUUUGUACAGUGCUGAUGCCUAUGUUGUUUUUGGCAUGAUCUAAAAUGGUCAUGCAAGAAAGGUAUACCUAGGUUGCCAUUAGGAAGGCCAUAUUAGGAACAAUGGAGCUACCAAUCUUGGGAAUAUGAUGUAUGUUUGAUUGCCAUAAGACAUCUGGAUUCUUGUCUUUUACUAUUAAUAUUAUUAUAUAAUUCAACUUUGUUGACUAGCCAUUAGCAAUAAUUAGCCACUGUUAAAUACUGGUAAUAAUCCAAAUGAUAUGCAAUAUAAACUGGAAACUGGUUCAAAGAACCAACCAAGUGGACCAAAUCUGCAAGAUUGUUUAAUAUAUUAAGCAGUGUAAGGUGUGAUGGUUCCAUGAUACAUUCCAUUUAUUUACCGUAAUGGUAGUUUCUUUUUAUUUCAAUAGCAUCAAAGUUCAACAAACUCAACUUUCAAAUGCAAUUUUUUUAUUUUCCAGUAAACACUGCUAUCAGGAGAUACUUCUACGAAAUGGGUUUUGUGUUAAAAGUCCUACUUUGCCAUGAAGGACGUAAGCUAUGAUGAUGUUAUACAUCAAUUUGUAUAUUUUAUUACUAUAUAGUCCUUAAAUACUGCCAAAACAAUUAUGUUAAGCUGUAUCACUGCCUUUGUUUAUUUGUUUUGACUGUGAUGUACUCCACAGAUGUGUUAACUGUUGCACUUUUAAAUGUCCAAAAUUAUAUUUUAGAAUAAUAAAAAAAAAACCCUAUGUGUUUUA